AAUUAUAGGGAAUUAAUCGGACUAAAAUCAGAAAUCAGAUUUGAAAUUGGACCGUGACGGCACCCAAGAAAGGUAAAACAACUGAAUCCAACCCGUCCGUCUGUCUCACUCUCUCUCCCUCGCAUUCCGCAGUAAAGGUAAGCGGCGAGGGAAGCAAAGACCGUGCUGUUCAGUCUCUUUGCCGCCUUCAUUGACGCUUUCUCCAUUUUCCUUCUUAGGCUUAGUUUUUGGAAUUGAUGGCGUCCAAGUUGCAGCAGUUGCAGUCCAAGGCACGUGAAGCUUCUAAGUUUGUGUCUAAGCAUGGAACUGCCUACUACAAGCAGUUGUUGGAGCAGAAUAAGCAAUAUAUUCAGGAACCUCCCACUGUUGAGAAGUGCAACUUGUUGUCAAAGCAGUUGUUCUACACUCGACUUUCUAGUAUUCCCAAUCGUUGUGAAUCAUUUUGGAAGGAACUUGACUAUGUGAAGAAUUUAUGGAAGAAUAGACAGGAGCUGAAAGUCGAAGAUGCUGGCAUUGCUGCUUUGUUUGGGCUGGAGUGCUUUGCUUGGUAUUGUGCUGGUGAGAUUGUGGGAAGGGGAUUUACUUUCACUGGUUACUAUCCUUGAGAAGAAGAGCUUCAUAUAAUGUGUUUCACGGGAUUGAAUAUGUGAGCUUCUGUUGUCCUUUGAGCGAUUGAAUCGCAAGCACUUUACUUGCAAAUUUUUGUUUUUCUGCAAAAUUUUUGAAGCUGGGAAAUCAGUGGGUUACUGUGAUUGCCUCAAUAAUUUUACAUUUGAAGCUGCUUAGGAUGUUACUGACGAUCGAUUAACUUUGUUAAAGUUCAUCUUUACUCAUGAAUGAUGAUAAUGCUACAAGUUUUUCUAUGGCUUGCCUUCUACUUGAUCAUGCUCAAUGUUUAAACAUUUAAUGAUGGUCCUGUCAAAAAAAAGGCCAAGUAAUAGGAACAGUGGAUUGUAACCAUUCAAUCAUGUUAUUGCAGUAGCAGUGCUACUGUUGGCUGCAUUGAUGUUGCAUUUUUACUGUAGUCAAACUUCCACUUUCGCCAAGUGUAACCUCCAUUCUAUAAUGGAAAUGGCUUUAAUGCAUUAUUUCCUUUACUGUCAA